AUGGGAGACAAGCCAGUGUGGGAGCAGGUUGGAUCUAGCUGCAUUGAACAUCAUUACCGGUUAUUUCAUAAUGAUAGAACCCAAUUAGAUGCAAUUUACAUUGAUGCGUUAUGCCUUGUGUGGGAAGGACAACAGUUCCCAGGGAAAGCUGCCAUGGCAGAGAAGUCAUCUAACCUUCUGUUCCGGAAAAUCCAGCAUAGCAUUAUGGUGAGGACCAUCAAGCCCUCACCAGAUAGCUACAUCAUCAGCAUGGCUGUGGGCCAGUUUAAGGUGGAUGAAGACCUCAUCAUGGGGUUUCACCUGAUGUUCCUAUUAAAGAACAUCAACGAUGCUUGAGUUUGCACCAAUGACGUGUUCAGGC